AUGAAGGCCAGCAAGAGCCUGACCAGGUACGGUAGUGUUGGCCAUGGUCGCGCUGCGAAAAUGUCCAACAAAUCGGCGUUAGCCGAGAACAUCGGCAGAGCUGUCCUGGCGGCUAUUCAAACUUUUUCAACAGCGACAGCAACCGCCUCAGGGCCACCACAGGCCAACUCGGCUCUCACCACCUACAAUAACCCACCGGGGCCAGCCACACCCACCACCUCCACUGGGACAUCAUACCGCUCGGUUCCAUUUCCAUCAGUUCUUCAAAGGCCUGCUACACACUCACGUUUUGUCAGAAAAAACAAAGCCUGCAAACACUAUACAAGAGAUGUUGUGUGCUUGCUUUUUUCUUCAGCAUCAACAUUCCGCAUUCCAAGGGGAGACUCAAGAGCAAAUUUGGCAAGAGAUGGCCUUAUUGGGAAGAUCUCCUUUACAUCUGACUGGUCUGAAGCACAACUUAAAGAAGAAAUUACUGCCAUUUUCAGAAGAACGUUUGCAUUGUCUAUGGGCCAGUCAUUCCCAUUCGAGUAUUUGAGUACAGUCAAGGGAUGCAAAAGACUAAUGAAACCAAACGUCUCGAGCAGUUUUCUUUGGGGUGGAAAGGAAGUUGCCUCGAUUAGUUCAGCCACUUGUCUCUAUAUAAUGGCAUUAAUACGCAAACCUGUACAGGAGGAACCUGAGGAACUCUCCGAUAGUGACUUUGAAAGUCCUGUGGGCUGGAGAAGGAGAGUUCAUACAGUGUCACCUUCCACAAGUGAAAGUGAGCUCAUCAGUCAAGGGAGUGAAAAUGACAGACUGCAAGAAAGUCCAUCGCGUCAAAGAAGAAUGCGGAGUACAGUGCCUUCAUCACCGAGGGAAAGUGAGGCCAGAUGUCAGGAGACAGAGAGCAGCACUCAAGAGAGUGAAAGUCAGGGCCAGGCAGGGGACCCGAGACAAGUGUUUCCUUAUAAUGUGGCAGAAUUUGUCCCUGUUUAUCUGGAAGAAGAUGAGGCUCUUGAAGAGGCAAUUCAGCGUAGUCUACUAGAAGAGUGUGAUGGACCUGCUGUUAAUACUUUAAAGUCAUCUGAAAUGCUGAGCAAAGAAGAAAUUGCAGGCCUUCUACAAGCUCACAGUGAGAGAGUUAUGACAUUGGGAACAAGACAGAUCUAUAUCAGUCGAGCCAAUGUUUGGACCACAGCCUUACGUGUGUUUAAGAGACCCAGUUUUGCAGAAAGCUGUGACAAGCUCUAUGUCACAUUUGCAAGCGAUGAACAUGAUGCUGUGGAAGAUGCUGCUGACCUUGGGGGUCCCAGACGAGAGUUUUUCCGCUUACUGGUGAAGGCUAUCUUCCAGGACAGUGGAGCUUUUGAAGGCACACCAAAUGGAUGCACACCAAGACUGAACAUGCUCCACUUGCAAAAUGGAGUGUAUCGAACCAUUGGCAGGAUGAUGUCUACAAUAAUAGUGCAAGGGGGUGAACCACCUGCAUUCCUGUCCCCGAGUGUAGUGGACUACAUUGUGUCUGGGGACAUCCUUCAAGCUCAUGUGACACCUGAUGAUAUAGGUGACCCUGAUUUAAGGGAGAACCUCAAUAAGGUUCAACAUGCAACCUUGCAGGAUGAUUUGGACAAAGCAGUCAGCUGCUGUGACUCAUGGCGAUAUCAAGUAGAGGGGCUUCCACUCACAGUCACCAUGGCCAACAGAGAUGUGUUUGUGAAAAAUGCAGUUCUAUACCAUACUGUUCUGCAACGGCAGAGCUGUCUUGAUCAACUCAUUGAUGGCUUGUCCCACUAUGGAGUUUUAGCACUCCUGAGAGAGAACCACAGCUUGCGUGUGCUGCUUGACAUACCAGGAGAGGACAAAGGUCAAGAAGCUGAUUUUGUAGCUGGUAUUCUCAAGCCAAGCUACUCUGUACUGGGGAGCAACAGAAGAGCUAAGGAGGAGUUGAUGGUGGUCAAAUUUAGGGAGUUUCUCCAGUGUGUUCAAAAUAAAGAGCUGAGAGACACAUAUGGGGACAGGACUCUAACCGACGAUGAGGAGGCAUUCCUGAAGACUUUGAGCCCUGGUCACAUCCUGGCGUUUGCUACAGGGAGCAGCAAAGUCCCAGCCAUUGGUUUUCAUCCAACUCCUAAAUUAAUAUUUAUUCAUGAUGAAAAAAAAACAUCUUCCCAUUAA